AUGCUCAACAUGCGUUUGGGCGGUGAUAUCGGGCGCAUGAAGAUCCACUUGCACGAUAUCCCGGGCCAACCUGUUCUGUUGAGCAUCAAAGGCUUGAAGGCUUUGGGCGCCGUGAUCGACUUCAGCACCAACGAGGCCAUCUUCAAUAAUGUCGACGCCCGGAAGGUGACGACCUUGGAGACAACACCUAGCGGUCACCAGCUUUUCCCGUUGGCUGGAGAUGUUCUUCAGAAUGCAUAUGAGCGCACAGCACCUUUUCGAGGUCUGAAGAACGAGACCGCCGGCUCGAGGGCCAGCGAGUAG